AGCGCAUGAAGACAAGCUGACAGUCUGUUUAGCUUUUAUUUAAUGUUGUACAUUCGUGAGAAUCUCGUGAUUAUUUAAGUUAAUCAUUGUUCAACUUUCGUACCAAUGUAGUUUAAUCAAUGGAAUCUGUACUUUUUAAUUGUUGAUUUAUCUCAUAAAUCUAAUGUAAUGGAUCAAUUAAUGUAAAGAUUUAUUUCUUUCUCCAUUCAAUCGAUAGUAAAUAAAGCCAAGGAAGGUCAAACAACUAAGCAAAAACUCAACGUUUUUCAUCAUUUCAUGGUAUUUAUCAUCUUAUAUACGAUUGACAGUUCAAUAGUUGACUGAAAAUUUGAUAUAAAAAAGUGAAAUAAAAAAUUUUAUUCGUGCUACCCGAUAAAUACAUAAAACUCAUCUCAUCGUCUUCAUUGGAGAGAAACAGUAUAGUCAUCUUUAAUCAAUCAAGAAUUGGGAACAUCGUUUUUUGCCUCAACAAUUGAUUUUAUUUCUAAAAACAUAAUCAUCAUUAUAACAUUAUGUUGUAUACAGGAACAUGAAUACUGUGUUUCUUUUUUUACCUGAUCAAUGAUUAACUGCGUAAUCCUAUCCUCAUUCACAAACAAGUGAUCCUUGGAAUACAUUACACCAGAUUGAAGAUUGUUUUUAUCUAUUGGCUUUCACCGUCGAGAUCAGCCAUAACUCUUUUGGAAAGUGAUAUAUUGUAACGUUAAUUAAUCCACACAUUAAUCGAUUGAUUUGGAUUCAUACAGGAUAAAAACCAUGAGUAAAUCUAAAGAAGGUGUUAGCGGUGGUGGAGGGUUUGAAGAUAUUGAAUUAGGUGAUCCAAGUUUUCACCGUCUUAGCUUCAUUCCCAAUUUGAUUCCCAUCAAGACUAUGUAUGGUGUUGUUAAAGUUUUCAAAGAAGGAGCUGAUCUUUCACCUAAGAGACCAGUAAUAAUUACUUACCAUGAUAUUGGUCUAAACGGUUCCUCCAAUUUCCGAUCAUUUUUCAACCACCAUGAUGUUCAACCUAUUUUAAUUAAGUUCUCAGUUAUCCAUAUUAAUGCUCCUGGACAAGAGGAUAAAGGCGCUCGAUACAGUGAUGAUCUCCAUUAUCCAACAAUGGACCAAAUGGCUGAUCAAAUUGGUGCAAUAUGUAAACACUUUGAGAUAAAUCAUUUCAUUGGUCUAGGAACAGGCGCUGGAGCCAACAUUUUAUCUCGUUUUGCCCUUCGUUAUCCAGAUUUUGUUGAUGGCCUAUUCUUGAUUGACUGUACAUCCACGGUAGCUUCAUGGUCAGAAUGGGGUUAUCAAAAUUUAAAUAUCCACUAUCUUAAAAAUUUAGAUGCUUCUGGACUUGGAUCGUUAAUUCCUGUAGCUGUUUCAGAUUACCUAUUGUGGCAUCAUUUUGGUACCAUUGAUGAAAAUCGUAAUCAAGAUUUAAUCUUUCAACUUCGCUCAUAUUUUUCCGAGAAAAAUAUCCAUCCUCACAAUUUGGCAUUAUUUAUCAGUUCCUUUUUGGCUCGAACAGAUCUUGGAUUGGUCCGUGGGUCUGAUAAACAGAGCUUUCAAUGUCCUGUACUUUUAUUAACCAGUUUUCACUCUCCGCAUAUUGAAGAUACAGUUUAUAUGAACAGCCGUCUUAACCCUCAACAAUCUCAAUGGAUGAAAUUAUCUGAUUGUGGAAUGCCUUUAGAGGAACAGCCAGGCAAAGUGGCCGAAGCUUUGCGUCUCUUCAUCCAAGGCCUUGGUUAUAGCCUUAAAGCAAAUUAAUUGUCUACGUUUACGAUUAAGCGAAAAAGGAAUCACCCUUUAAUAGUAUCCAUUAGAUAUUUAAUGACAAUCAUUUAGUAUAUUAUAUUGCAAUAUAAUAUUACUUAUUGCCUAUUAUUACUUAAUUCACAUUUUCCAGCGAUCGUCUUCAACCUAUUAGGAUUUCGUUACGUUUUACGCGAUUUUCAACUAAUCUCAAUCCAAAUUAUUCAUCAAUCCAUUCAAAACACAUGGUCUGGCAGCAAUAAGAGAUAAUCAAAUUUUAAAUAUAUUCAUGUAUAGAUAAUAACAAUUAUUGACUUUAUUUCAUUUUAAUUUUUAGUUUCAGGUUGAUUGUACAGAAUUUAGAAUUGAUUGAAGAUAAUUUUGUUACAAGUUAUUAUUAUUAUCAUUUUGUACAGAUACAUUAUUAACGAGAAACUAAUUUGUGAGAAUAACAAAAAUUAAAAAAUCUUACCAUUUUGAUGGUUGAAUCUUUGAAACAAUUAA